AUGGAAUUGCCCAAUGAACAAUUUUUGAGCGAGGACUCUGAUAUGCCACUAUCAGAAGCUAUAGCAAAACGCCGAGACAUUUAUUUCUUGCUACUGGAUGAUAGAAUCCUCGAAAUUAUGGCGGAAGAAACCAAUCGAUAUGCGGAAAAGAUGUUUGAGAAAACGUCAUCGCGGUUAGACAAAUGGAAACCGACAGAUAAAACCGAAAUGAAACGAUUUUUUGGGCUCAUCAUGUGGAUGGGCAUAGUAAAACUUCCGGAAGUUCAUUUAUAUUGGUCCAAAGAUGCAGCUUAUGCUCAAAGUCUCCCUUCUUCGGUACUACCAAGGAAUCGUUUCGAGCUUUUGUUGCGAAUGUUACAUUUCUGUGAUAAGGAAAAUGAAAAUCCUAACGAUCGUUUGUACAAAAUUCGAGUCAUAAUUGACAUGCUAAACGAAAAUUUUCAAAAGCACUAUGAUCCAAGCGAAAUUGUUUGUGUAGAUGAAUCUUUAAUUCCCUUUCGAGGUCGCAUCGUCUUGAAGCAGUACAUAAAGCAAAAACGACACAAAUACGGUAUAACAUAACUUCUAAAGCAGUACUCGGAAUCAAGGGAAUACAACCCUGGUACUUUAUCGGCAUAUCUCAUACAUUUCAAAGAAAGACAUUUUCCAGCCCUGUACAAUAGUCAUAAAACAAAAAGGAAAAAUCCAUUGAGAAAAUGUAUCGUGUGUUCAAAGGAUAACAAAAGGCGUAAUACUAGAUACUAACGUAAACAAUACAAUGUUGGCCUAUAUGUAGUCCCAUGCUUCGAAAUAUAUCAUACCAAACAAUAA